AUGGCGGCCAGCGGGGGAAUCUCGUCGGCAGCAUCCUCAUCUGCCGCAACCGCUACGACGACAGGGACAGAGUGUGACAUCGUUACCAGGGGUAAGAUGAUCGACCUCGCCCUUGUCUUGGACGAAACCGAAAAAACACCACUUGGGGCCUCUAUUAAGCGGGCUAUCCAGAAGUCCGGGCAGGUUUCGGUCGACCACACCAGCCACGGCCCGCUGAGGCUGAGGCCAAUGGGCAUUCCCAUUGAAACAACGGUUUCGACCAGUGCAGACGAAGGACGAAUGCAGCUGUCAACAUGGACAGCGGGCUGGUUCGCUCGUAUGGAAGCUUGGGUUUCUGAAAAGCGAGCGGCAAAUCCAGGAACCAAGGUUCGAGUGCCAUCGAUAAUACCGGUCAUCUUGAUCACAAAGCACUACUGA